AGCCGUAUCAGACUGACGACAUUUAAACGGUACGAUCGAGGCAGGAACGAUGCUCUGGAUGCUUAAUCAGCAUUAAAUCGGUGCCGGAAGGUGCCGCGAAGGCAAAGGAGCAACAAUCGAAAAGAUCGCCCUGGGGCUGUCAGCGAAAACAAAGUUGCAGGUUACGUGCUGCUCGUACCAUGGCACAGUCGACAACAAGCGGAACCUCCUCGCGGCGAUACAUGCGGGAGCACGAGGUGCCAUCCUCGUCGCGUUAUGUCGACAGCGAGUGGGAAUCUAAAGAGGCCUUACGACAGCGAGAACUUGAAGAAGCAAGAGCUCGAGCGGCACAAAUGGAAAAGACGAUGCGAUGGUGGUCUGACUGUACUGCUAACUGGCGUGAGAAAUGGAGCAAAGUAAGAAACGAAAGAAACGCAGCUAGAGAUGAAGCAAAGGCUCUGAGAGCGAAAUUGGAGAUUGCCGUUAAAGAUGCUAAUACUUUCAAGCAUGAAUCUCAAGAUCUGGAACUGCAGAAUGAACAGCUGAAAAAAGAGAUGGAAAAGAUACACAUGAUACUCUUAAAACAUGCUGGGCAAUUUGAUCAACAGAUUUUUACCAUUCUGGAAUCAGAUCCGCAAUUAAGAGCUACUUUUGGAUUGGACGAACAGUUGGAGUUUUACAACAACGUCAAUGCCAGUGAUGCGUUAGGUGCACAAAGGGAUAUGCUAUCCUGUAAAAAUUCACACGAAGUAACAAAUGUUGCUUCGGGAGGUCACAAUACUCUGCCAGAAAGGGAUAUCGAGGAGUAUGUUUUGCAAGGUGCUGUGCCAAAACAUGCAGUAGAAUUGUACAAGGAGAGUCCCAGUAAUUCACUAGAUAAAAGCAUCACAAAACUAGUCGCGGAUAAUAAUGGCAAAAAGGAUGGAUUAGACAAACAACCUUUAGAUAUGUAUAAUGAAGAGUCUUUAACUCAGAAAAUGUCAGAGUUGCAAAUAAAAUUGCAGGAGGCAACGAAAACCAUUUCUGUGGAAAGAGAGGAAAACAAUUCUCUACAUCGAACUGUGGAAAAAUUAAAAGCUGAAGUUAGGCAAUUAAGAGAGCAAUGUGAGGAAUUAUCUGAGAGUAAAGCCGAAGCAAUGAGAGAAUUAUUAGAGUUAAAAGAACGUUUUCAACUUGAACUCAGUGACGAACAUAUAGCGGAUUUAAUAGAUAAUACAAGUAAUGGAGAGAGCAUGGACCGUCGUUUGACAGAAUUAAGGACAGAACUAGAGAAACUUCAAGUUGAAAAUGCAGCAGAGUGGAGUAAAAGGGAGAAACUAGAAACUGAGAAGAGUUCCUUAGAACGAGAGAACAAGCUGCUCCGCUUAAAAUUAUACGAACUGCAAGAGAGAGCAGAAUCGCGGCGACCACGACCGGUAUCUACAGCCGAUACAGACACGAGACAAUUGCAGCACGAGAUUCUGGUUCGCAACAUGGUGUUACUUGAAGUGAAGCAGUAUCAGGCGUCACUGAAACAAUCCUUGGCGGAAAAAACAACGGAGUUGUCACACGCGAUGAGACGGUCCGAACAAUAUGAGGCGGAGGUGAAGCGAGUGAGAGCGAGAGUCGAAGAAUUGAAGAAAGAAUUGGCUGCCGCUCAGGAUGAAGUUGACGCUGCUACGAACAAUGUGCGAAAACUGCAACGGACCAACGAGGAUCUCGUAGAACAAUUGGAAUCUGCAAACGUACAACUGGAACAUUUUAGAAAUAGCAAUAACGAGACAUGCGAAAUUUCAGUAGACACUGAAGUAGACGGGGCUGAGGAACAAAAGUUCCAAGCUAACAAUUCCAGUGAAUACAAUGAAGGUACGUUACUAAUAUAGUCGUCACUUUUGAAUCGAUGAAACAAUAAUUGGACGCAGUUACAGUCUACGAUCGGCAACAAGCCUAGUAUUCGCUCGUGUCGAUAGCGAUGGAAUGUUGUAAGUCAGAUAGCGAAAAUGCAAAUUGGAUAGGUGAUUUCAUAGUGGGCCUAAAGUACAGGACUUGACAACAGUUUUUUUUUCUUUUCUUUUUUAAUCUUUGACUUUGUGCUAGGCGAAUUGUACGUGUCGAAUGACUAUCGUGAGAUACGCGCCUACUGUGUUUAAUAAUGAAAAUGUCAAUACUUCUUGAAGCAU